AUGGCCUCCAAGUCUAAGGUUCCCUCUGCCUUCUCCAAUGCUGAGCUCGUUCCUUUGGGUCAUUCGAGCUACCUUCUUGAGCCACCUCUCGAGGAGGAGAAACUGGCUAUUUGGAAAUCCCAGGUACUCAUUCCCUUUUCAUUAGGCUCGAAACCUCAUGCAUUUUUAGGUCCUUUCGUUCCCCAGUCAUCUGUCGAGUCUUCUUUUUCCGCUGAUGGAGUCUUGGCAUUCUCUUCCAAAUAUAACUUGGACUCUCUCGAGAAUGCCCAAAAAAUAUUUAGAACUAUGCCUCAUCUAACCAAAGACUUAUAUUUGCCUUGGUUAGAUAGAGUUGAGGGUGAAAAACAAGAUAGUUGGAGGGCCCUAGGAAUCUAUGAUAUCAUUCAAUUGUCUAGGUACAAUCUGUCUUACAACUUCCCUAUGAUCAUGAGUUCUCUUUUCUUCUGGGAUCGAGCAACUAGCUCUUUCCACGUGCCUUGUGGUAUGAUUACCCCAACUCUUUUCGAUGUGGCUGCCAUUCUUGGGCUUAGGCCAACUGGUCCUUCAUUUCGACCAGAUUCUCACCCCAAAAAUCCUAAUGUAACCCCCAACUUCCAAAAGCUUUCUUACCAACUCUUCAUAACCUUGAAUAUGAAUCGAGAUGGUCCCGUUACUGAUGAGGAGCAUGUUGCUUUUCUGAUGUUUUGGCUUUCCACAUAUGUUUUUUGCUCGAGAUCGCUCCAAGUACCAAAGACACUGCUUACUUUGGCCCAAUUACUGCAUGAAGAGUCUUCAAUAUGCCUUAGGAAGCUUAUUUUAGGGAAUUUGUAUGAGAAUUUAAAUGAGGCCGUAGCUUCAUUUAAGUCUAAUGACUUUCCUUCAGUCAUUAAUGGCCCCUUUUGGCUGCUUCAGCUCUGGCUGAAUGCUAUUUUUGAAGAAAAAUUACAAAGCUCUGAACCACCCAAUAUUUCUCGAGAGAUUGAAGGUUUUCGUCUGACUUUCUUGACUACUAACAUAGCCAAAAAACACUAUUGUAAUGCUUUUCGACAAUAUUUCAAUUUUUUCUUAUCUCUUCAAUCUUUCACUCCUCAACUUGCUCCUUUUUCUACUCGAAAGGUAGGGCCAGUAUGGUUAAAACGUCCUUUUCCUUCGAGAACCCCAAGUGCCCAGUCUGAAGUUUUAAUGACAUGGAGACAGUUUCUUUCAUGUCAACUUCUUUUUUGUAGUUUCACUCAUAGGCCCUAUCAAGUGGUUGCUUAUCAACCAAAUCUGGUAGCUCGACAAUUUGGGUUAGGCCAGUUAAAACCUUCUUUCAUGCUGGAGGGGUCAAAUCUCGAUAUUCUUGAAAACGCUCGAAAGAGUAUUGAUGAUUUGAAUGAGGCUAUUAGUUUCUUUCGAAAACGUAGGCCAGAAAUUUCUCCUUUUGAGUUUGAGCCUAUUUUCUACUGUACCAGCACUUUUCAAAGUUGGUGGUCUACUUAUUAUCAUCACCCUGAGAUAUCUAUCGAAGCGUGCAACCAGAAGAUGACUUCUGCUUUUUCUCUAUUUCAGAAGGGGGAUCCAAAGGCCAAGACAAGAGGUUCUUCUUCGACAACCCUUAAAAAAGGUUCUUCGUCUACAUCCCAAGCUGCCUCUGGGGUAUCUAAGGCUAAGGCCAUUCCCAAGACGAAGAUUCCUACCAAGCCCCAAAUUUCUAUCGAGAUGACUGCUUCAACUCCUGUGCAGCAGACACCUGAUCAACCUUCAGCUCCAUCAGUGGAGGUUUCGACUGAUGACACUCCAAGUGUCAAUUCACCCCCUAGGGUCCGAAAAGACCCUAAAAAAUGUUUGACUCCAAUCCCUGAGGAGUCUCAAAAAAUCUCGAGAAAAGAACCUACAGCUACUGUCCAACAAGGGAAUGAGGCAGCUUCUUCCUCGAGUUCUGGAUCUUCGAGCUCUUCUUCGGAUACUUCUUCAAGUUCUUCUAGCUCGAGUUCUGAAGAUCGAGCUCAAACAGAACCAGCUCCUGAGGUAAGGCAUCCUUUUACUCGAAAUUUGGUCUUCAUACUUGUGAAUUUUCUCACUUCUUUUUCUCUAGGUACCCCCUAUAUCUCGACAAACAUCGCCCCGGGUUCUCCCGAGGUUGAUGUUGUUACAUAUCAAUCAGAAAAGGAGGGGCCCUUGCACGAAGUUGAGGAGAAUGUAGCAUAA